CUCUCGCGGUUUUCUUCUCCUAAGCGAUAAGACAAAAUUGUUAUCACAGUUGAUUAGUGACCUUAACUCCAGUUUAUUUUUCAUUCUAAUCGUCUAAGUUAAUAAUUCAUCCUUAAGGUAAACUGAGCGAAAAGUGAAGAAGAAAAGAACUAACAGAGCUUAUUAUUAUAUUGAUUUGCAUUAUGUAUCAGAUUCCCUUAGCACUUUUUAUAAUCACUGCAAUAUGUGGCCUUCUUUACUUUUUUAUUUCUGUCUGGAGUGCGAUGAUCUAUUGGAAAGUUCGAGGAGUGAAGCACCUAGCACCUUGGCCAAUAGUUGGCAACUUGGGAGCAUUGUUGAGGCUUGACAAACACGUGAGCUAUUACUAUGAUAAGAUCUAUCAUGCGUUUCCAAACGAAAGGAUGAUCGGUAUGUACGAAUUCAUGACACCAACGCUGGUUCUUCGGGAUCCAGAGCUUAUCGAACAAGUUCUUGUCAGAGAGUUCUCAACUUUUCCAGAUCAUGGACCAUUGUUGAUAGAGGAUGAUAGCCUUAUUAGUGAAAGCGUCUUCGCUCUUACGGGAUCUGGUGCCAAGUGGAGGGCAGUGAGAAAUAAGCUGCUAACAACGUUUACCACUGGAAAAAUGAGAGCGAUUUUCCCAGAGCUAGUUGCAUCCUGCCAAGCAUUGGUCGAUAAACGUCCUAAAACACUCAUCAAAGAGGAUUUCACAGCAUUCGCUGUUGAGAGCUUUAUGAACAGCAUGUUCGGGACUGCGAUACUUCCAGCUGGAAAAGAGGAGCUAGUUCUCAACUGUAAGACAGUUUUUGAAGGAAGUCGCUACAGAAUGUUUCAGCAGUAUGGGCUUACCUAUUUUACAAAACUGUCACAAUUUUUCAAUAUGACGUUCAUGGCUAAUGAACUACACAACUAUUUCUCCUCUCUCAUGCAUACUCUCCUUAAUCAAAGAUCUGAACUGGACUGCGGAAGAAAUGAUUACGCGCAAGUUCUUGUUGAUAUGAAGCGACUCAAAAAGAUGGUCAUUUUCAGCAGAGAAAAUAGCAGAGAAAACCAAGAAUUUGAUAUAACCGAUGACUUGGUGAUAGCGCAAGCAUUCAUGUUUUUCUUCGCUGGACUUGACACGACGACCCUUGUUAUGCUGCACUUGGCAUUUGAUUUAUCCCAAGCGAAAGAUUGUCAAGAAACGGCUCGACAAGAAGUCAGAAAUGUGCUGAAAAAAUACGGUGGAUACUCUUGGGAUUCUGUAAGGGACAUGAAGUAUUUAGAUGCAUGUAUUCAAGAAACCUUACGGCUGCAUCCAUCCCUCCAGUUUGUAGUAAGAGUUAAUGACAAACCCACAGACGUAGCAGGAGUAAAAAUUGAUAAAGGUACAAGAAUUGUAAUUCCACUCCAAACCAUUCAUAUGGAUCCGAAUAAUUUCCCCAAACCUGAGAAAUACGAUCCUGGAAGAUGGUUAGAUGAGAGCACAAGGCCAAACAAAUUCACGCAUCUUCCAUUUUCGGAAGGACCGAGAGUUUGUCUUGGUAAGAGGUUCGCGCUCAUGGAAAUUGCAACUCUUUUCGCUCACAUUCUCGACAAUUUUGAGCUGACUCUCAGCCCUGAAACAAAAGUUCCUCUGAUCUAUGAGCCCAAUGUUUUUUUCCACUCCCCGAUUUCAAAAAAUCCAAUUCGUGUAGAUCUAAUGAAAAUCUGAAAACUCAAAAUAAUUUUAUAAUAUUUUUUGUUAUAUGGUAAAAUAGAUUUAAAAUGAAAUAACUUGUGAUUUUUUUUUAUUUGAUUUUUUAUCUUUGCCUGAAUCAGUGAAAUUUUAUGAUUGAACAAAUCCACUGAUUUUAUUAUACUAACUUAUAUUCUAAUGAAGAAAUGAAAUACCUAAAUAUUCAUAAUUGUCAUAAGAUUAUUAUUAAUUUAAGUAAUACUAACAAAUCUGUGAUAAUAAUUGGUAUUUUUUUUUAAUUUUUGUAAUUAUAAAUAAUGUAUUUGAAUUUAAGAAGGUAUAAACCGUUGUAAAAUAUUUUAUUUUUUCCUGUUUAACCAACUAUUACCUACAUUUUUUUUUAAUAUCUUCUGCAUGAAAAUUAUUUUAAUAAACACUAAAUUAUUAGCUGUUAGUUAUAAAAUGGAAACCAAUAAAUAGGUAUUUAAUAUCCAGUAAACAAUUUGUGGGUGUGUACGAAUGAUAAGAGAAUUCAGUUUGGUCAUUUUAAUUGUUAACCAACUUCGAAAAAGGACGUUUUCAAUUAUUUUGUUAUACAUGAUAACUCAAAAUGUCGCCAUUAUUGAGGUUCUAUUUAAAUACAAGACGAUGAAAGAUAAGAAUGGUCCCUAUA